UAGGCCUGUUUCCGGUAGGAAUUAGUAGAUUCGGCUGCAGAGGCAGUGCGGUCCCGGCGUUGUCCAGUGAGGUUUUCCAAGGCUGCUCGGAGAUGGCGGCGGCUUUUCGGAAGGCGGCUAAGUCCCGGCAGCGGGAACACCGAGAGCGAAGCCAGCCUGGCUUUCGAAAACAUCUGGGCUUGCUGGAGAAAAAGAAAGAUUACAAACUUCGUGCAGAUGACUACCGUAAAAAACAGGAAUACCUCAGAGCUCUCCGUAAGAAGGCUCUUGAAAAAAAUCCAGAUGAAUUCUACUACAAAAUGACUCGGGUUAAACUCCAGGAUGGAGUACAUGUUAUUAAGGAGACUAAGGAAGAAGUAACCCCAGAACAACUAAAGCUGAUGAGAACUCAGGACGUCAAAUAUAUAGAAAUGAAGAGGGUUGCAGAAGCUAAGAAAAUUGAAAGACUAAAAUCAGAGCUCCAUCUGCUGGAUUUCCAGGGGAAGCAACAGAACAAGCAUGUGUUCUUUUUUGACACCAAAAAGGAAGUUGAACAGUUUGACGUUGCAACUCACCUGCAAACAGCCCCGGAGCUAGUCGACAGAGUCUUUAAUAGGCCCAGGAUAGAGACCUUGCAGAAAGAAAAAGUGAAAGGAGUCACCAAUCAGACUGGACUUAAGCGAAUAGCUAAAGAAAGGCAAAAGCAAUAUAACUGCCUGACACAGCGGAUUGAACGAGAGAAGAAAUUGUUCGUUAUUGCUCAGAAAAUUCAAACACGCAAAGAUCUUAUGGAUAAAACUCAGAAAGUGAAGGUGAAGAAAGAAACGGUGAACUCCCCAGCUAUUUAUAAAUUUCAGAGUCGUCGAAAACGUUGACAUGUUAUAGAUAAGCCUCAUCAUUCUGCAUCAAAAAUCUGUUGUCUUUUUCUAGUAACUUCAAAUUCCAUUAGUCCAAAUGGCGUGGUUUUCCGGUUUGUAACCAUAACUAAAUUGUCAGUCUGACAUUUAAUGUCUUUCUAUGGACAACAUUAAAUCUCCCUCUCUUCUGUAAUUGUU